UGCAAAUUUCCGCAGUCCAGAUUCGAAUGGAUCCGGCUGUCGUUCGACAGAGUGCAGCGGCACAGAAUUGCUGCGACUGCCAACCUCCAGACCAGCCUCAUCGCCGGAACUACCACAGCACCUCAUCGCACGACUCUGCUGCCCUUGACGGCCACGAGCAGCACUUCCACUACACGAACCACUCUCAACACCCCUCCGAAGGCCGUUGAAUGCGAGACGCCAGCCCUUUAAGUCAGGUCUCCUUUGGCGGGGUGACCUUUCACCACACGACCACUCCUCGAGAUCCUCCCUCGCUGCUACGAGGAUGACCUCCCAGGCCCCUUCGAGAAGCCUUUUCAUCGAUCGCGAUACUCCGUUGGAUCUGACGACGGUGUUCCGGGAUAGUGCCGGCCUGCGGAUAGCCAGGUUCAUCGUUAGAGAAUAUCUGAAGGAAGCCGAGAAGCCGAGAUUUGCUGGGGACACAACCCCGUCUUUCGCCCAAGACACAUUCUGUUCGGUAUCCCCUUUACGAUUUGACUCCAGCCCAGAAGUUAGGAGGAUGUUGGAGGAGAGGCUGGUGUUCCGCGAGUCGGAACCUGUGACAUCAGCGCAAGGACACUUUGGAAGAAGCGGGUUCUCUCGAAUAAGCGGCGAAGGCUUCGAUAUGUCCAGAGAAUCAAAUUUCGCCAGGGCAGAGCAAAAUCACCAGCAAGCGAAUUCGUUUGCCGAUAUUCAGACUACAUCCCACAUCUCCUACCCACAAAGACCCGCGUACUCCUCCUUCAGAACAUCUCAGAUCCAAUCCGGUCCCUUAUCACAUCCACAAUUUCGACCCACGAAGAGCCAAGCCGAACUCGAUAUUGAUGCUCUCUUCGAGGAGCCAACUCCGCAGAACCAAGGGACCGAAUCUCCAUACAGGGUUGAGUCUCCGUCUGGGCGUGCUUCUGGCUUAUCGUCUUUACAGCGUUCGCCUCAGCGUUGGAACGAGAACGAAUCACUGGCUUCAAACCUUCCAAGCCUGGACAAGGACCAUUUCCAACUCGACCGAACUUUAUUCUCGAACUCGUCACCUCUUAAUCAUUCUACGCAACCUUCAGCACACCGUCAGAGCUAUUUGUCGGACAGUGGGUAUUUUAGUGAGGCACAAGCGCUGCCGCCGGCUUCACAAUCACGGCGACAUAACGACACUGCCUCCCACCACACCGGAUCAUCCACAAUUCAACCUUCGCCCUCAAUCAAGAGCUUCUUGCCUGUCAAUAAAGCGACGGACAACGCUACCUCUUCUCAUGCUGUAAAGAGUUCGGGGUUGUCAUAUUCACUCGGGUCUGAUGAAGCCAUUGUAUCCCAAAACAGUCUAGCUUCAAAUCUUUCAACUGGUCCCAACCACGACAAUACCAGGCCAAAUCACACUACCUUGCAUCACAAUACCUCGCAACGGCACAAUACCACACAGUCCUCUUAUUCCACUCAAACUCGCCCUCUUCGCCAACACUUUCCUUCCUCUUCAACGAACCAUUUCGCAAACCACCAACAGUUCGAUUUCGAGCAAUUUCCUCACCCUAGUGAGAACCACGGAAUCGAAAUGGAGCACUCCACCUCAGCCUCUGCUUCCAAGAAGCGCAAAGCUAAGAUGGACGACGCACCACGUGCGAAGAAAAUAAAGACAGACAAGGCCGGCAAGCCCAAGCGAGUUCCGAAGGUGAAGGAAAAGAAGCCAGAACCAGCAAAGUAUCGCAUUGGCCAAGACCUCUGGAUGCGAAUUCUUGAGUUCACCCCACCAUCCUUCCUCAAGAAAGCUCGAGUCUUGAAUAAGGAGUUCAAGGGCUGGGUCGACAACUUCAACUCCAUCUACGUCAACCAACGCAAAGAAAAUUAUGGCCAAGAUAUGCCCCCUGCCCCAAAUGGACUUACAGACCGUCAAUACAACGACCUACUUGGUGGAAAGGGCUGUUUGGAACCCGGCUGCACCGAUAAGCUGGCGUCACGAACCCAUUGGUCGUGGGCACAACGCUGGUGCUGGGACUGCUGGAAGGCGAAAAUUGAGAGAGAGGAUCGCGUUCUGAAGCUUAACCACACCCCGCAUGGUCGCAACCUCGUCGCAAAACUUCUCGAGUGUAUUCCAGUGGGCAUGCACGACUCUUUCCUGAAGCCACAUGACUUCAUCGAGGAUCUCGAGUCCCGUCCUCGUGGAGCUCCAAGGCUAUACCGAUACUACUUGAAAGAAGAUGUACAGAACAUCAUCGACAAAUACGAUGCUCUCACGCCAGCCCCGUUUGUGGAAGAUCCAACGCAAACCCCUGAGGAACGCAACCGAGCUCGAGCAGAAUGGCAGGAAGAAAUGGAUAAGUUAGAUGAUAAGAAGACGAAGUUUCUGGAAGAUGGAAAGAAGGCGAAUGAUAAGCACAUGGAGACAGUUCAGAAGAUUGAAUCGUUGGUGAAAAAGCGGAGAGAUCUUGUCGCGCAGCCCUACAACAACAACCGACAGGCUCGCCGAGAGCUAUUCACGAGACGUGCACGAGCGGACCUCCCACAUAUUCCAACAUCCUUUGUCGAGAGUACCAAAGCUUACAAGGCUGCUACUCGCAUCUUCCGAGAUGGUGGUACCGAGCGUGGCUGGCAGACAUUAAAGCCGAAGAUCGAAAAGGAAUUCGAGAAAUCCCAGGCCACAAGCACCAAUUCUGCAAUCGCUGAUCUUGAUGAGGAGGAGACCACCGAGCAAGAAGGCGAUGGCAAUGGUACUCAUUCUACGACACAGCCGGACCUCACCCGAACUACUAUACAGACCAACCGUGCUACCUUGCAGGAGCUUCGUGAGCAGCAGGUGAUGCAACGACGAUACAAUGCUGAGCAAUUGCGUGCCCAACGAGACCUGAUGUUCGGCCCAGGCUUUUCAAAUGCGGCGUCAGGCUUGUCAUUGUCCAUGCAGUCUGGAUUCUCCACAAUACAGCGGCAAGCUCAUCCACAUCAUCAACAAUCUUUUGCUGGUGGUCUGGGCAAAGCUCCAUCCCUGUAUGACAACUUCGGCCCUACCCUGUUCCAGAGACAGCAGCAACUCAUGAACCGAUCUGGACCCCCAAGCAACUUCGACUCAUACUCUUCAUUCCAAUCAAUGGCCCAAUCAAUGUCGCAACCAUCUUCGACACAGAACAAUUCCAACGGUUUCCAGUCUUCCUCAUCAGGCCAACUCCCCAGGAUCUCGAUUUCCUCCCUCCUUGGCGAUGGUCCGUCAGCUCCACCUAAACCUAAUCUGUACAAUCGGUUCGAGUGAUCGUCUAGAUGUGGAUCACCUUACAUCGAAUCCUACGGCUUCCUUCAUCUCUCACAUAAAGACUUCUGUUUCGACCUCC